AGUCUUUUCCUUCUCAUCCAGGAGUCAAGAAGCCAGCUGCUUCGCAAAGCUCAGCUGCAGCCUUUUCAAAAAACUCACUAGGGUUUCUCCCAAAAACGACUGAAUUUGAUAGCAGUUGUUCAGAUCGGUUUCUUUGGGUUUUGCAGCCUCAAUAUGUUGUGGAGCUUCGGAUUUUGCUUAUGGUGUGUCACAUGUGAGGAUGGUGCUCCCUUUGGUUUGGGCUGAUGCUUGUAAAAACAUAUCAGUGCUUAUUAUGCCCCAAAGUUGAGUGGAAAACCGAAGUUCUGUUUUGGUUGCAUGGAUGUGGGGACUUAGUAUCUACUGAAGAUGCUUGCAGAUGUUACGAUCUAUUUUUUGUGCAUCCUAAGCUAAUAUGAUCUGAAAAUUUUGUCAUAAUAGUUGGUUUAUAGAAACUAAACAUGCCUAAGGAGAGAAGAGAUAGAUCUGUUUCUUUUGAUAGGAGCAGAGCUUCUCCUUACUCUUGUAGCUCGAGUCACUCAAGGCAAUCGUUGUCCAAAAACCCUUUGGAAAACGAGGAAAAUGUGAAGGACUGGGAAGAUGCCCGAUGCCCUGUGUGUAUGGAACAUCCCCAUAAUGCUGUUCUCCUUUUGUGUGCCUCUCAUGAGAAUGGCUGUCGUCCUUUUAUGUGUGACACAAGUUAUAGGCAUUCAAAUUGUUUCGAUCAAUUCAAAAAGUCAUUUGAAGCAGCUUCAGCAUCAACAACACAACAAGUGGAGAUCCCAACUUCAGCUUCUAUUGCGCAAUCUACCGUGACAAUAUCCGAAGCUCUGUCUGAACUGCCAGGGGAAAGAACUGAAAGCGGUUCUAUAUCCCUAGGUGCCUUGGCUUGCGAGAACCAUGAAAUAAAGAAGAUGCUAUGCCCUCUCUGUCGUGGCCAGAUAAAUGAUUGGAUUGUUGUAGACUCUGCCCGUCGUCACAUGAAUGCGAAAUUAAGAAGCUGCUCUAGCGAGACAUGCGAGUUCAGUGGCACAUAUUCAGAUCUGCGUAAGCAUGCUAGGCAGGAACAUCCUCUUGUACGCCCUACAGAAGCUGAUCCAGAGCGGCAGCGCAGUUGGAGGCGGCUGGAACGGCAGAGAGAUUUAGGAGAUUUGCUCAGUACAUUGCAGUCAUCUGUUGUUUCAGAGGAGGGUAGUGAAACCACCAGUUUAACCCUUGAUGAGGGUGGUUUGCUGACUGUUUUUCUCUUUGUUCGGAUUCUCCAACCUAGGAGUAAUUCUCGUAGCAGUAGCUGGUCAGGUUCUGCAAGAACCCGAGCUCAGGCAACUGGUAGGCGACGACCUUCGAGAAGACUUUGGGGCGAGACCUAUGAAGGGGAAAUUGAUACUAGAGAGGAUGAAAAUGAUGACUCUGAUGGAGGGUCGGGUCCUCGGAGGCGCCUGCGUCGACAACCAACACCAGAAAAUUAAUUCUGGCCGCAAACAUGUGUUUGCCUGCUAUUCUUCUCGAAUAUUAUCGCUGUAGGUGGAGGUGGUGCAAGGAACAUCGUGGUCUGGAGGUGGUGCAAGGAACAUCUUGGUCCAAAAUUUGUCGUGCUGAUGAAGCUGGGCAAUCGAUUCUUGGAUACAAGAUUCGGAGGAAAGGAAAUGGAGGAUUUUGUUCGCAUAUUAGUAUAAUAUAAGUUCGUGUACAUGUUGGAAAGCAAUUUGCUACUUCUGCUACUAGUCUUAUGAAUAAGCUCAAUACUGCAAUUAAGAUGUUGUGUUUCAUUAUUCAGCUUUGGCUACAGCAGCAUGAAAGGAAUGUUCAAUUUGUUUUUAUAA